AUGCAAGUGUGUGUAGCUAACCGAAAGAAAGGUCGCGUUGGUCGGAAGAUAAAGUACACGCCUGCCCAGGCGAGAGAAAAGCUCUUGCAGGUUGCACUGCGAGAGCGUACAUCAUUGCGAUCCAUCUCCGCCAAAACCGGAAUCAGUUACGGCACAUUGCAUCGGUAUCUCAAGCGUGGUGUGUUCCGUGCGCACUCAAAUGCUAUCCGUCCUAUGCUUACCGACGCCAACAAAUACAGCCGACUCAAAUUUGCGCUCAAUUUUAUGGCGCCCGGACAAGAUAUGUGCGAAAUGCUGGACUACGUUCACCUCGACGAAAAAUGGUUCUAUUUGACCUUAGUAAAUCGCAAGUUCUAUCUCGUACCAGGCGAGAAGCCACCCAAGCGCAAGUGCAAGAGCAAGCGAUUCAUUACGAAGGUUAUGUUCUUGACGGCGGUGGCGCGGCCUCGGCUUAACGAGGACACCGGUGUUUGGUGGGACGGCAAAAUCGGAACGUGGCCCUUCGUCAAGCGUCAACCGAGAAGCUGGCACGAUUGA